UCUUAUAAGCAAACCCCCGUUUGCUAUCUUACACUACAAGUGCUCCAACUUCUUAUUAUACGCACCCACAACGCAAUUUCUAGCUGCAACCAUGGUGUCAUUGUAGUUGUAAAAGAGCUUGGCCUCUAGUGUUCUCAAGUGUGGCAAGGGCAAGGUCUAGCUUGAUCCAAAUGAAGCUAGCGAGAUCUCAAUGGCAAAUUCCAGGCAAAACAUUAGGAAGCUUGUGAAAGAUGGCUUUAUCAUUAGGAAGCCAAUGAAGAUUCACUCCUGUUCGCGGGCCCGUCCGGCUUUGGAGGCAAAGAUGAAGGGGAGGCGCUCUAAAUAUGGUAAGCGCAAGGGUAUGAGGGAGGUGAGGCUGCCAAUAAAGGUGCUCUGGAUGAGGAGGAUGAGGGUGCUUAAGUGCUUGUCCAAGAAGAUAGACAAGCACAUGUACCAUGACAUGUACGUGAAGGUCAAGGGUAAUGUGUUCAAGAACAAGCGCGUGUUGAUGGAGAGCAUCCACAAGUCGAACGCUGAAAAGGCAAGAGACAAGACUCUCAGUGAUCAGUUUGAGGCCAAGAGAGCCAAGAGCAAGGCCAACAGGGAAAGGAAGAAUGCUCAGAGGGAGGAACGAUUGGCUUAGGGUCCUGGAGAAAGAGUGCCUGCACCACAACCUAUAGAGGGAGCCAAGAAAGGGAAGAAGUUAAAAAAAAAAAAGAAGUAAAAAGUGAUGUUGCUGAUAUGGGUAGGGGCUGGUAAUAGUUUGUUAGUGAUUUUAGUUAAUAUGUUGGAAAGUUGUUUUAUUUUUUAUUUUUAAAUCUUUUCUGUAGUGUUUUGAAACCAGGAUUACUUUUGGGAAGUGCUGCUACUUUUGUUUUGUUCUUUUUAUUAAAUGGAAAGACUACUUUGUUU